AGAGCGCCAUGUGUAGCGAGCGCUGAGCAGGGGGUAGCGCCAAAGGCAGAAGCAUGGCGGCGUCGGGAGCGAAGAAGAAGCAGCAGCAGCAGCAGCAGCAGCAGCAGCGAGCGGCCGCGGCGGGGGGAGCCGGGCACAGGCGGCGCAAGGUCCGUGAUGCAGAGGAGAAAUCCUGGCAGAAAGCUGGCUUGAAGCUGAAUGAGGAGAUCUCCAGCGACUCCGAUACGGAGAGCCCUACAUUUGGUGGGAAGCGGAAGAAGGACAAUGAGGCAGAAGAGGAGAUUGAAGAGACCGCACAGGAAAAGAAGCUGAGAUUAGCCAAACUUUACCUGGAGCAGCUUCGACAGCAGGAGGAGGAAAAGGCAGAAGAGGCGGCCUUGGAAAAGGACUUGGUUGCUGGCCGACUGAAGGAAGAUGUGCUUGAACAGAAGGGAAAACUGCAGCGACUGAUCGCCAAAGAUUUGCAGCCUCCAGAUACAGCAGCCAUCCGAGUGCUGCGAGGUCACCAGCUGCCCAUCACCUGCCUGGUCAUCUCUCCAGAUGACAAGUGCAUCUUCUCAGCUGCCAAAGACUGCUCCAUCAUCAAAUGGGAUGUGGAGAGCGGGAAGAAGUUGCACGUGAUCCCUGGAGGGAAGAAGGGGACAGAGGCCCAGCACAUCGGCCACACAGCGCACAUUCUUUCCAUGGCCAUCUCGUCGGAUGGCAAAUACCUGGCCACAGGAGACAGGAACAAACUGAUCAUGAUCUGGGAGGCUGUCACGUGCAAGCACCUGUAUAAAUUCACUGGCCAUCGAGACGCUGUGACGGGCCUGUCGUUCCAGAAGGGCACUCACCAGCUGUACAGUGCCUCACACGAUCGCUCCGUCAAAGUCUGGAACGUGGCAGAGAACGCCUACGUGGAAACGCUGUUUGGGCACCAAGAUGCGAUCACGGGGCUGGACAGCCUGAGCCGGGAGUGCUGUGUCACGUCAGGCGGGCGAGACGGCACCGUCCGGGUCUGGAAGAUCCCUGAGGAGUCUCAGCUUGUGUUCUACGGGCACCAGGGCUCCAUCGACUGCAUCCAGCUGAUCAACGAGGAGCACAUGGUGUCCGGCGCGGAUGAUGGGUCGGUCGCCCUUUGGGGUCUUUCGAAGAAGAAGCCGCUCACGACAGUGAGGCAAGCGCAUGGUAACCACGGCACCCAGGGCCUGGAGCAGCCAUACUGGAUCUCCUCGGUGGCCACCCUGCUGAACAGUGACAUUGUAGCCACAGGUGCCUCGCGCUGCUCGCACAGCGCCAGUGUGCGGCUGUGGAAGUGCGGCGAGGGAUUCCGAAGGCUGGAGCCGCUCUUCGAUAUCCCCCUGAUCGGCUUUGUCAACAGCUUGAAGUUCUCGAAUGCCGGGGAUUUCCUGGUUGUUGGGAUCGGACAGGAACACAGGUUGGGCCGCUGGUGGCGAAUCAGAGAAGCCAAGAACAGCAUCUGCAUCGUCCCGCUGCAGAGGUCGGCGGCUGGCCGCGCGCAGCCAGCUGAUGGCUCCUAGCCCUGCUCCCCUCUUGCGUGCGGUCGUGGCUCUGCUAGAGCUUGCUGGGGAAACUGAGGUCCAAGACCAGCCAGCAGGCCAGGGACAGAGCCGGGAUUAGAACCCAGGUCUCCCAAGAACCAGUGCCCAGAGCUAUUCAGUGGGCCACCGUUGCUUUUCUGCUUUAGCAACUGAGUUGUUUUCUCACCCCCAGGAAAAAGCUUGGUGCUGCCUUGAUUUUUAAAGUGAAGGCCUAGGGCCUCCUGCCUGGCUCCCAUAACCUGCCCUUUCUGGCACCUCAGUGCCUAGAGGAUUGACCUGACCUGGUGCUGCAACACUUUGCAUUGUUGUUCAUAGUACGGUGACACUGAGAGGUGGCAGCUGGGCCGGGAGCCCUGUUGGGCAGCCCAUACUCUGAAGCGUCCACAGGGCAAAGGGUGUCAGGUCCCCCCGUGCCCGAGGAACUGAGGCACAAAGCGAUAACGUGACUCGCCCAAGGUGUGUCACGCAGGCUGGGGCACAGCAGGGCCCUGACCCCACAUUGCCUGACUCACAGAACCUUGCCACUCCAUAAUCAGGCCCCGGAGCCAUGCAGUUCUGCCAAGAAGACACAGACAUCCAGCUCUUGCUUUCUACUCCAGGGAGAGGCCCACAUGGCACCUACGGGCGUCCGUUAAAAAAAAAAGCACUUUAUUUACAUAAAUUACAAAAACCACAAACUUGGUCACAAAAAGAUCUACGCUUAAAAACUCGCUUGGCUUGUAAUACAUGUGUCACAAUGAUAAUAAUCCUAGUCAAGGGCCAAAGAACACGUACAUUUUCAUUAGCAGCCGGCUAAUUAUUAUAGUUUUCUCUCCAGCCAAAAGGCUCCUUCCAAUAAAUAGUUUAUAAAAAUUAAAAAAACACCACGAGAUACAGAGUUAUAUUGCCCAGCCCAGCCUGUCAUUUGGUUUUCAGGAUCUCCCUUGCAUCGAGUGCCAGUGGCUACGGGUACAGUGGGAGAAGGCAGGAAUGCGCAGCUGUCUCCCGGUGGGGGGAGAUUAGUGACUAGAAGCAGUGGAGCAGGAGGCUAAUUGCUAGUGCCUGUCCAGCCGUCAGGAAGAGCCGUGGUGCUAACAGGCGUCCUGCUGGAGCAGUGGAUGGUAUGGUGGGAAGGGGCAUUGGCAGAAGGACAGGACAUUGGCACAGUGUCACGGCUGAGGGCUGGGCACAGCGACGAACACUGGAAUUCUAGCGCUUAGCACCAACAUCAUGGGGCUACUGUGAAAAAAGGUGAGACCCACAGAAAACUCUUAAGAGAGAGCAGCAGCACGUUUGCUUAAAUAACUAAUAACUCACCUGGUUUAAAUACUUCUAUAGUUCUACAGUAAACACGGAUUUUUCCAUCAAUUAGCUGAAAAAUACUGGUGUGACCUCUUUAGCACUACCCAGCCUGCCAGGGCCUUGAUACUGAUAAUUCCUAACAGGAAGUGUUGGCUAAUGAUGUCAUUUGAGACACAGGAAGAGCAGCUCAGCAUCUGAAUGCAUUUGAAAGGCAGAAGAUCCAUUGCUGUGAAAUUAACCACUAGCAAAUUCUCAGUAAGGAUCCAAAUUGUUGUGCCAAUAACUUCAUCCUGUCUCUCUCCUCUGAGCACUGCCUUGCAUGUCCUAUUUCAGCCAUCCAAGCCAAUGGGCAAGAGGGCAGGUGCUCACCUCAUCAUGCCAGGGACCUCAUCAACUUGAAAUCUAACUGAGUAACAAAAAUAGUUACAAGUAAUUUACCUGUGUCCCUCCACAAAGGUUGGGGACUUUUGAAAAAUCCCAUUUUCCUCCUUCUAAAUGUCUCCCUGGGGCUGUGAGAAAGACCCACACAAACAACAGGAAAAUAACUAUACAUAUGGGGUGGGGAAGGAGGGGAACUCUACACAAAGUGCUGUCAAAUGUAAAAAGGAAACAUACUGAAAAAAACAGACACCAAUUUUUGAUUCUUUACGCUGAUCCUAGGAGUCACUUGUAACCAUAAUGGGUAACAUAAUUCAGUGUGAAAUGUACUUUAGUGUAUUCCUUUAAAGAUUAAAACUGGGGGAUUUUUUGUAGAGUCCUGCAUAUCCAUGGAUACCUGCAAACCAUUUUUGUGGAUCACGGAUCAGAUGUGGAUACAAAUUCUGUAUCUGCGACGGGCUCUAAUGUUUUGGGUUUGAUUCUUUUUGACACAUAAAGAAGACCUGUAAGGA